AAUGAUCUGGUGAAUAGGCAAUUUAUUUAAUUCCUUUGGCAUUUAGAGGUACAAACAGUAAUUGCUAAUGUUUAAUUAGAGUUAUGAGGGGGUCCUUGGAAAAAUGUCUCCCCUUGAUCCAAAAACUGUUUCUAGCUAAAAUACCAAAAUUGCAAAUUGUCUUCACUUUUAAAAAUAUUGACAUAUUGCAAGCAUUUUUUGUUACCAAUUCGCCUUUAAAAAGAACUUGAAUGAUACUGUAGCUGGAGUUUUUACUGGCUUCUGAUUUUAAAGCUAGUUAUCCAUCAAUUUGUGUAUAUGUAAUAAUAUGAGGAAUGAAUAUAUGAUGGAUGAAUAAUGACGAAAAAAUGAAUAAUGAAUAUACAUUAUGAGGAGUUCGCAGCCAUAACGGCCCUCUGAGUGAAAUUAUAACUACGAUGUGGGCCGCGACAAAACUUGAGUUUGACACCCCUGAAUUGUUUACUGUAAAUAAAAGUGUUGGAACACCGUUACCAUGGCAACACACAAACCCAUCAUGGCGUCCCUGUUGACAGACCCGCUGUUUGAAAUCUCUGGACGGGGUCCCUCAACUAACAAAAACUUCUAUAAUUGCGUUGUUACCAAGGAAGACGUGAUAUGGAGAUGGUGGAUGAUAUCUCCCAGAGCUGUAUACAGGCUUUCAAAGCCUGGUCAAAUGACCAUGUCUCAUGAGGACUUCCUGGAUGACAGCAAGCUACAAAAUGAACUCGGCAUGAUCUUUGGCUAUGGUGCCUUGCAGUACACCAAGGCUCUAUGCCAAGGCCAUUUUGAUUACCUGGCACGUCUCCCUGACUCCUUACUUCUGCAGAUUGUCAACUAUCUGGAGCUCGAAGAUGUGGGUCAGCUUGGACGAACUUCGCAUAGGUUCAGGGAGCUAUGUGGCUCAGAGGAGUUCUGGGAGCAGGCAGUGCGGCGGUGCUGCAAAACAGUUUCCCCCGAGGUACCUGCCCUGGCACGAGAGGUGGGUUGGCGUAGCAUCUUCUUCACCAACAAGCUGCAGCUACAGAAGCUCAUCAGCCGCCGCAGGCUGAGGGCCGAAGAGGAGAAGGCCGAGCUUACUCCUGGGAAAAGCCGCUGUGAAAAAACAAGUGCAGCAAAUGAACUCGGAGCUCACCAUCAUUCCGGGAGGCUUGACGAAGGAACUCCAACCGCUGGACAUCGGUGUAAACAGGGCGUUCAAAGUGAAGUUGCGAGCGGCGUGGCAGCGAUGGAUGACAGAUGGCGAACACAGCUUUACUAAGACUAGGAGGCAGCGCUGAACGUGUUACGCCACCAUAUGUGAAUGGAUUGUGGAUGCCUGGGUUAAUCUGCUUUGACUGUUGUCCAAGCUUUAGCGACAGCCGGCAUCAUUGCAGAACAGCCCCCCCGGCAACGAGACUGACUCCGACAAUGACGAGAGGGAACCCGGCAUGUUUGAUGGAGUACUUGCCCAGCUGUUCAUUUCGGAUACAGAAGAUGAGGACUUUGAUGGAUUUGUGGAUGAGGAUUGUUCAAAAAAUAACAUUAGUACAUUGUUAAAUACUUCAAUAAAGUACAACCGAACUCA